AGUAACAAGCCAGGUGAAUUCUAAUGUAGAGUAGAAUCGUGCUGUCCAGAUAUGAUUUCGUUCGGGCUUUUUUGAUGUAAGAAAAAAGAGAGGCCCCGCUCUUUCACGCGAUCCGAUGAGAGUGCGCAAGCCCCCACCCUGGUAGAGUGACGGGCGAGUUGAGUGACGUGAGGGGACUAUGGUACGUCACAAAUAAGUCCUCGUCCCGAAGGCGACUGGGUAAAUAAAAGAAUCAUGGUCCAAGCGGUUUACGAAAAAAUGGAGGACCAGUCCUCUCCCUCGUCUGUGCCACUGCCGAGCGUGCUGAAGAUGAAUCGGGUGUUUAGCUCGAUUUUUCUGCAACAGGAUCUGCCGAACAAACUGGAAGAGAAUCCGCGGAAGACGCAACAGGCGGUACUGGAAUUCUUGCAGUCUUUCCAGCAAGAGAAACUUUCGACUGCACUGAAGGAGACCGGAAACGCCUGCGCGCCGCUCUUUGGAAUCGAAGAUGCACACCUGGAAAAGCUGGGGAAGCUGUUCGCGCGCUUUUGCGACUUGCACAGCGACCUCGAUCCGCUCUGGUUCUCGUCCAAGAGGCUUGAUGCGCAGCCGGUGGAUGAAAAGAAUUUGCCCGCUGCUGUGAGCAAGGACAGUGGUGCUUUCUUGCCAAAAACCGCUCCUGGAGCUCCUGCAGGUCGUGAGGCAUCAGUCGGAAAAAAGGGGUUCUAUGAGGAGGAGCGAUCCCUCCGUGUCUUUUGUAUGCACGACCAUCCUUUGACGUACAUCGAGGGAGUUCCCACUUGCUUCCGGCUGCGCAGCCACGAUCCGCAGGUGGAGUGUCGGGGUCCGGGUUGCUGCUACCAGGAUGAAGACGACGAGGUCCAGAUGCGAAAAAUCACGGAGGAAAAGAUGUUUUUCUGCAGCGUAUGCGAGUAUGCGAUGUGCAUCCCCUGUGCGCUGGAACAGAACCCCCGAAUAGGCUUAGAUCCCGAAAUGCACGCAAACCUAGCGGCGCGCGACGAGGAGGAGGAAAGAGCGGUGGGGUUUGGGAUGUUCGGUGGCUUCGGGGCAAAGGUCACGCCCACCCUCCCGUACGACUUGGCCGACAUUUUGCCCGCGGAUUAUCCGAACCGAGUCACGACCCCCGAGGAUCAGUUUUUCCGCCCCAUGACGGCCGCCAAGAUCCGCGACAGCUUGCUGGAAUUGGACAAAGCGGAGCAGUGGUGCUUCUACGUCCGGGCGCAGAAUGCCGUGGUGUUUAUGGAACGGCACCAAGAGGACGAAGACAAGGUGUACGUGUGUUCCUGGGACGUGGCCGUCUCGUCUGCCUCCGCCGUCCUGGGCCAAGGCGCGUCCUCCGGCGACGCAAACGAUCUGAAGCAGCAGAUUCCGCGUGCCCUGGCCAACCACCCGUUGAAAUUGAAGCUGAAGGAAGUCGUGCGACUGGAAGACCUUCCGGCGCAGGAGGACGACAAGGAGCGGGAGGAAACGUUUCUGGAAAAUUUCGACCUCUUCGACCCGGGCUGGGAGCAAAAGCUCGGCUGGGUGGACGGAAUGCUGAAGCGGACACUGGAUGCGAAGAAGAAAACGGCGAAGAUGGACGAUUUGCGGCGGAAAAAGAUGAAGGAACGGCUGAAAAAGGAGAAGAAAAAGAUGAAGCGGAAAACAAAACGCGCGUCGUCCGACUCCGACUCGGCGGGGAGCGCUUCUGACGACGACAGCGAUUCCUCCGACGUGUCUUCGCGGG